AUGCAGCCGAUAGGAGGCAAGGCCGCCGCCAUGUCAAGCUCGGGCACCGACGCCUGUGGUGCCAGGAGCGGCAAGGUAAGCGGCGAGGCCGGCGCAGGCGGCCCUGUCGUCGAGCUCCCUCUCCACCUCACCGAGAAGAUCCUCUACAGCAUCAGCCCGCUCGCAUCGGUGCGUCUCGCCACCGUCUGCAAGUCCUGGGCGGCCGCCAUCUCCGAGCGGAUUGCGAGGCCUGUCCCCCACCUGUUCGUGUACCUGCCGCCGGACAACAAGUCCGACCGCCGCGGGGUCGUCGUCUCGGUCUCCGUCCCGAUGGACUACGGGGGCCCACCGGCAGUGGUGAUCCCGAACCGCGUGCGCUUGGCGGACACCAACGGCCUCCGCUGCGUCGGCGCCAUGCCGAGUGGCUGGCUGGCCUUCGCGAAUUGGUGCUGGUGCGACACCGGCGUCCAACUCGUCAACCCGAUCACCGGUGCACGGUGGAGACUCGACGUCGAUAGGCUACGUCGGGACCCGGUUAUUGCCGCCGCAGGUGGUGCUGCUGACUCCUUCAUCUGCAUUGGCACUGACGAGCUCGUGCUCUGGUGGCGGGCUGGUGGCGGCGAGGAGUGGUCGAAGCGGACCGUGGCGGCGGCGGCGCAUCGGACCGACGGCAUCGUGUCAGUGGUCAAUUGUAACGGCCGCUUCUACAUAUUGGACAGGGACGGGCAGGUGUCCUUGAUCGACGCCACCGCGCCGCCGCCGGUUGUCAUAGAGAAGCUUCCGGUGGCGUGCCUGCUCGAGCAGUUCCCUACCCUCGCAACGACGGCCACGAGUCACAUGCUCGAAUCAGACGGGGAGGUCCUCUUCGUCCGGCGAGUGCUCGCCUCCACCAUGGAACACAGAGGGAUCCCGUUCUGCCAUCACAACAUCACUGAGCACCUCUCCAUCGUUGGCUUCGAGGUGUACCGGCUGGACGUGGAGGGCCAGUGCUGGACGGAGGUGAAGAAGCUGGCUGGCGACCGGGCGCUCUUUGUAAGCCCCCUGUCGUCGUUCUCGGUGCGCUCGUCGGAGACGGAGGGCUGCAGGAGCAACUGUAUAUACUUCGUCGACAAGAAGCGGUACUGCUCCUCGUGCAUCCGAGACGACGGCAACACCUGGGGUGUGUACUCCAUGGAUGACCGGGUGGUCUUGUUUGAGUACGUUGUCACCGGGGCGGGACCUUGCUCGUCGCCGACGUGGUUCUUACCUAGUGCGGCCUUAGGCUCUGAAUUAUUUUGA